AACCCAAAAACAAAAAUGCUGAAGACAUCAGAAUAUGCCAAACCCUUAGUAGAGAAGUACAGGCCAGUGACUCUGGAUGAUGUGGUAGGAAAUGAAAUGGCUGUUGAACAAUUGAAGGCAAUAGUUGACGAAGGCAACAUGCCUAACUUGAUUGUUGUGGGACCUCCGGGAACAGGAAAAACUUCUUCAGUAAUGUGCCUAGCCAGGCAAAUGCUUGAAGGAUAUGUUAAAGAAGCAGUUUUGGAACUGAAUGCUUCUGAUGAAAGAGGAAUUGAUGUCGUCAGGGACAAAAUUAAGCAAUUUGCAACUCAAAAAGUUAAUACUCCUGAAGGCACUCAAAAGAUCAUCAUUUUGGAUGAGGCAGACUCUAUGACUGAAAGUGCUCAACAAGCUUUAAGAAUGAUCAUGACUGAGUAUAGUAGCACUACAAGAUUUGCACUUGCUUGUAAUGAUUCCAGUAAAAUUAUUGAGCCAAUCCAAUCGAGAUGUGCUAUUAUCAGAUACACUAAAUUAUCGGAUGAAGAAAUUCUGGAAAGACUCAAUCAAGUCAUUGAAAAGGAAGAAAUUAAAUGUGAUGAAUCUGGUCUCCAAGCUUUACUUUUCACUGCAGAUGGAGAUAUGAGAUAUGCUCUCAACAACCUUCAAGCAACUUCUGCAGGAUUUUCUGAAGUUACUAGAGACAACGUAUUUAAAGUAUGCGAUAUGCCACACCCUGAUAUCAUGAAAACAAUUCUUGAUUGCUGAAACAGAGGAGAGUUUGAUGAAGCAGCUGAAAAUGUUGAUAUUAUUUACCAAGAGGGUUACAACAUCAUGGACAUCAUCAGUACAAUCACUAAACUAAUUCAAACAGAUGAGGACAUUACUGAUGAAAAGAGGCUUAAUUAUCUGAGAGAAUCUACUGAAUUUAAGAUGAGAAUCCUUGAAGGGUUGGACAGUCAUCUUCAAUUGCACUCAUAUCUCGCUACUUUAUGCUCGACUAGAUAAUUGAUUCAAUUAUAACUAAAGUUCGC